UCAUGCAGUCAUGCUCAAUGCUCAUAGUUGAAGAAUCAAGAAAAAUACCACGAAUUUGAAAUAUUAUGUUUGAAUUAUAAAUCAGUGACUACGAUAAGUAAAGAAUACAAGAAAAUUUUGUAGGCAAUAGACACAUAUCUUCAGAUUUUACUAAAUUAUUCUCUGGUUCUGACCAAUAAACUUUUUUGUAUUAAUAAGUUGAAAAAUAAAAUAAUUUUAAACUUUACGAAAUAUUAAGUACAUUGAGUUUUAUGCAAUUAAAACUAAUAAGUGGAUUCUGCAACUGAUUUCUUUUUUAAAGUAACAUGGAUUUGCUAAGGAAUUAUGAAAAUGCGGAUACAAUAAGCAUUGAUACACUCAGCCUUGAGGAGUUAGUUCAAGAAGAACGAACAAAAGAAAUAUUGGAAUUAAAUAGAUUAAGCGAAAAAGUUUGCUACCUUCAUACCUCCUUGGUAUAUUACCGUAAUGCUAAUUCUAAAAUGGGUCAAACAUGCUAUCAAGUUUGGAAAACACUUAUUCAAAGGGUGGGUGGGUCUCCAAAUACUUGGAAUAUUUUAGGUCAUACAUUAGGAAUCAGUCUUGUAGAUUUAGAGUACAUCAAAAAUUCAGUUAAAGAGGAUCCAAUCGACAUGAUCCUUAAAGUUUUUAUGCAAGAUGACAAUGCAACACUAGAUAAAAUAAUAAAUGCUUUUGUAAAAUUAGAAAGAUUUGAUAUUCUGAAAGCCUUAGAAGAACCUUUGAACAAUAUGUCGGAAUGCUUUACAAGAGAGGAUAGUGGUUAUCAAAGUAAAAGUGGAAAAGGUAAAAGAGAAGUCAUAACUUUCCCAAAGAUUUUACAAGUUCAUUUACCACCAGCUUUGAGCAAGAAAUAUGUUGAAAAUUAUAAACCUAAGGAGCCAUCAUUAAGGCCAUCUAUAAAUUGGGAAAAAAGCAAACCUCAGAAAGAAUGUCCUGUUUUAUUUCUGACUUACACUGAGGAUGGUUUGGAAACUGCUUUGAAUAUUCAAGGUUAUGUAAGCAAUUGGGUAGAUUCACCUCAAGUAAAAGUGCUAACUCUUAAUGGAAAGAGGGAAGAAGUAGUUCAAAAUCCAGAAAAAUUUAUUAGAGAAAACUUUGAAAAGGCUGAUUUUGUAGUACCAAUAAUUACUACAGGAUACCUAGAAAUAAUAAAAUCUCAUGCUCCACAAGUUCCGAGCUCAAAUGACAAUUUGGAUUACAAAUAUGUGAAUUUUAUAUAUAAUUUAAUUGUCAAUCACUAUAUACAUGCAACAGGGUGUCUUAAUGAGAAAGUGAGAAGUGUGUUGCCACAAGAUGCAAAUGUAGAUGUCCUAAGAAGUAUAUCUAUGUAUCCGGACUUAAUGCCUUGGACCUAUGAAACAAAUUUUGAUGAGCACUUUAAAUCAUUUUUGUUUAUCGAAUGAAUGUGCAUUUUUAUUUAUUUAUUUUAUUUCUGCACUGUGAUGAGAUGAUUUAAAUUAAAAUAAAUUACAUUGACAGCAGUUUGUUUAUGUAGUAUGUAUUGGAGAUAACCAUCCAAGCAAGCAACAUGCAUUGCUUAUAGUUUAUGUCGGAAUCAUAGCAGCUAUUCAGUGCUUUUAAUAUUGCAAGUGAGAUCACAUAACAUUACAAUUUUUUUAGACCUUGUUACUAAGAAUACUUUGAAAAUUAGACUAUAGUGACAUAUUUGGAUAAUUUACACUGAAUAAAAUAUUUUUUUAAAUGU